GAUUGGCCGCAAGGAAAGUUCGGUGCGCGCUGAUUGGAGGCGCGGUGCCUCUGAUCUCUAUUUUUCUGUUUCCUCUCCUGCACCGGGAUUGUAGCGGUGGCCACACGGCUCGUGGAAAUCGGAAGCCGAGGGGUUCUAAGUUAGGGGUUGUCGGUAACAGGCUCGGUCGAUGGGCGAGUACCGGGCUCUGAGCAGGGCCGAAGCGCUGCAGCUCGCGCCGCCCGACUGGCAGCACGCUUGCCAUGCCCUCCUGUACGCACCUUGCCCCGGACGCCUCUUCGGGAAGUUCCCGCUGCGUUUCGCAGCGCUGAUGCAGAUGCGGUUCGAUGGGCGCCUGGGGUUUCCUGGUGGAUUUGUGGACCCGCAGGAUGUGUCUCUGGAGGAGGGUCUGAAUAGGGAGCUGCAUGAAGAGUUGGGCCCUGGCGCUGCCUCACUGCACUUGGCUGAGGACCACUACUUGAGCUCCCAUGUGCCUGAGGGGCCAAAGCGAAUAGUGACACACUUCUACGCCAAGCAGCUUAGCCUGGAGGAGCUCCGGACCUUAGAAGACAGGGCCACUCAGGCAAAAGAACAUGGCUUAGAGGUGAUGGGGCUCAUCCGUGUCCCCCUCUAUACCCUGCGCGAUGGCGUUGGGGGGCUCCCAGCUUUCCUUAGCAACACUUUCAUUGGCAAUUCCCGGGAGCAGCUGAUUCACGCCCUGGAUACUCUUCAGCUCGUGCCAGGAGAGCAACUUCAGAAGGCUGUUGCCAUGACUCAGAAGAGACCUUGAGUGUCAUUGGUUGUGGCUGCCAUGUUCUAGCCUCUGACGGUUCUGUAACUGAAUUCCCCCAUGAACUUUGGACUCUUGAACGGAGCCGAUGUAGUGGAGAAAUCCAAGAAUGUGGGAAGAGAGUGGAAAUGGACCUUUCCUUCCCCCUGCCUAAGGAGAAUGACUCAGUUCUGGUGAAUCUAGCCCUGAAAAGGAUUUAAGCAUCUAGAUAGUUGUGCAUUUAAAUUAUUGAAGAUGGCUGCCUCACUUGGAUCUGGUUUUGUUGUUUAGUCAUGUCCGACUCUUUGUGACCCCAUGGACCAGAGCACGCCAGGCACUCCGGUCUUCCACUGCCUCCCGCAGCUUGGUCAGACUCGCGUUCGUAGCUUCGAGAACACAGUCCAACCAUCUCGUCCUCUGUCGUCCCCUUCUCCUUGUGCCCUCCAUCUUUCCCAACACCAGGGUCUUUUCCAGGGAGUCUUCUCUUCUCAUGAGGUGGCCAAAGUAUUGGAGCCUCAGCUUCAGGCACUCAGGGCUGAUUUCCUUCAGAAUGGAUAGGUUUGAUCUUGCAGUCCAUGUGACUCUCAAAAGCGUCAAUUCUUCAGCGGGUAGGCAAGGGUUAAGAGAGCGAAGCAUCUGAUCUUCUGUGUGUUUAGAUAUAUAAGACACACACACAUGGUUUCUUGCAUUUGGAGAAUAGCACUACAAAUAACACACUGACUCAUCUGUGGUUUCUGUUUUUCUUCUGUAAUUUCAAACCUUCUGCCUCUGAGUUCCAGUAUUUGUAUAUCAUGGAAGUUGGGGUUUCGCACCCCACAAAAGCCCAUUGCACACCCCUUUUGGUAUAUUAUUUACUUUAUCAUUUCACAGCGGAAGUCUGCCUUUCUAAUAUUUUACUAGUGCUUGAAGAAUGGCUUAAGAUAUUUUGUGGCUCUUGACUCCUAUAAUAUUUUUUAUUAGCUCAUAUGGAAGUGGUAAAUGGCCACUAGAGACAGUCAUUAUUUGUCUUCCUCCCACAGGUUUCUCUUUUUCCAAUUUUGAUGAUGUGCUGACAUGGGGGUGGGAAUUGUCAAUUAAAGACUAAGAACCUGCCAUCAUUCAGUUCAGCAGCAAAUAAAUAGUUGUAUAAUUGGUUUUGCUGUAUAUGGGCCUUGGAAACCCAAACUUCUCUGCUUGGAACAAAUUAUGCACACUUCAUGGCACCAGUGUGAUUUGCUUUCUGUUAAACCUCUAGUUACAGAAUUCAGAAUACCUUGUUGAGCCCUGGGAGUGGAGUGGAAAAGGAAUGGAAGAGCACAUAGAGAUAAGUGUUGUAUGUAUCCAAUAAUAAUAUCCAUGCAAGUGUAGAAUAUGGCAGUGGGACAGAACUCAGCCUCUGGAAGGUCUCUGCUAUCACUAGUUUUCAAAAACAAGUCUGUAAAUCUUGUACUGAUGAGAAGGGGGUUACAAGUUUUCUUUUUUUAAAAAAAUAUUUUUUAUUAAAGAUUUUCUUUGUUUACAAAAGUGCCUUGUCUCUUUUUUCAGGCUGUAGAGUCU